UGUGUGGAGGGGCUGAGCGGCCAGUGAAUGGGUUGUCCAGGUAACAGGUCCCGCCCACUUACCUGGGACGUAUAUAUAGGUGGAGGCCACUCGCGGCGCAAACAGUCAGAGACGGUCGCAACACCUGAAGCAGCGGAGUCACAGAUCAGUCGGUCACAGCGGCUUUACUACUACUACUACAACAACAACAGCAGUGAGAUAAGCGGCGUUGGCCCCGGGCUGAGGCGAUGGCUGCCCUGGUGUGUGGUGUGUCCGUGCUGUUGGGGGUGAUUCCCGGCUGUGUUACAGCUGGUCGAAGCUUUGCUGGCGAAACUGUUGAUAAUAGCUCUGACUUGAAGGUUGACGACUUUGCUAAGGACGUACUCACCGGUGGAUUGACUACAGUCUUCUUGCCGUUGGUCUACAUUAUUGUGUUUAUCAUUGGUUUGCCCACAAACUCAAUAGCAUUGUGGGUCUUUGGCUACCGAACCAAAAAGAAACAUCCGGCAACUAUCUACAUGGCCAAUUUGGCAUUGGCAGAUCUUUUGUUUAUCUUUUGGUUCCCUUUGAAGAUUGCAUAUCAUGUGAAUGGCAAUAAUUGGAUUUUUGGAGAAGGCUUAUGCAGAGUGCUUGUGUCUUUCUACUAUGGGAACAUGUACUGCUCAAUUCUCUUCAUGACCUCCCUUAGUGUGCAAAGGUACUGGGUCAUUGUAGAUCCAAUAUCUCAAUCUAAGAAAAAGACUACAAUUGCUUAUGCUGUUUCCAUUUCUAUUUGGAUACUAAUUGUAUUGGGUACUAUGCCAUUGUAUCUAACUACUCAAACUGCAUACAUCACUAACCUUGAUAUAACCACCUGCCAUGAUGUCCUACCUGAAUUGAAAUUGUCUUCCACUAUGUUUGAUUACUUUACAUCUUUGGCUAUUGGUCUGUUCUUUUUUCCUGCAGUUUUGACCGUGAUUGUAUAUGUACUCAUGAUCAUGACACUGAAAGCUUCUUGUACUGAAGCGAACAUUGGGAAAAGCCGUAGACGAGCAAUUGAAUUGAUAAUUACUGUUCUUAUAAUGUAUUUAGUUUGCUUUACACCCAGCAAUAUAGUGCUUGUAGUUCACUAUUAUAUGAUAAAAUUCUAUGGCGUCAGCAAUGUUUAUGCUUUCUACAUUGUGGCUCUUUGCCUCUCUAGCAUCAACAGUUGCAUUGAUCCCUUUGUCUAUUAUUUUGUAUCUAAAGACUUCAGAGACCAUGUUAAAAAUACAAUGAUGUGUCGUAGUGUGAGGGCAGCAGAAAGGAUAAGAGCUUCAUUCACAUCCAUGAAAAAUUCCAAAAAGUCUAAUAUUUACAGAUCUACAAGAACUACUAGUUCCACUGCUACGAGUAACACAAAUUAUUGAAUCUUUUGAGCAAUAUUGCUUUUGUGGGACUUAUUUCAGUUUGCUUUUUUUAGAAGCAAGUUGGAUAUUUAUACUUGAUAUUCAAUGAAUAUUUUGGAUUACUGUACUCUAUUUCCUUCUGCAAUGAUUUGUUAGUUGUCCUUUUCUGAGUUUAAAGGUGGAUAUUUUUGUUUCACAAUUGAAGCUCAGAAACCACCUUCUAGAUAAAUUUGGCCUUUUUUAUAUAUUUAAAGAAAAACUACCAAGCAUUAUAAACUGUGGGGAGUUCACACACGGCACUACAUUGCUACCGUUCUUGUACUAUUACAUUAUUUCUAUUCUUGAGAUUCAUGUACAGUAAUCAAAAUAAGACUGAUCUCAUUUUAAGGUUAAUGAAAAGUGUCUUAAAUGAGUUGUUGCUUCUUUAGGUAUUGGCCUGGAGCACCAAACAGUUUGUUUUGCUGUUUUAAAUUUUAUUUUUCAUGAUUAACUGACAAAUGUAUUUGUACAAUUACCUUUUUAAUAUGCUUUUGUUUACUUGCAUUUAAAAUGAUAUUUUAUAGUUGUCUGAGCUAUAUACAAUAACUGGGAAAUGUGUUUUUUGUGAUAAUGUACUGCAUUUAAAGGUUGUGGGUGUGGGGGGGGGGCACUGAACAUAUUUGUUCAUGGCCUUUACUAAUAUUUCAGCUGUAGCAUCGAAGUGAAAUUGUUCUAAAAACAAUUUAGAGAAUAUCCAAAGAUGUUGAUUUCCCCAAAAAUAGCUAUAAAUUAACUGUAUUGCAAUUCAGUCACUUAACCAAAUUUGUAACCUGAAUGUUUCCAAAAUAUAAUUUGAUUUAACCUGUUCACAUUGGAGCCUAACUUGUUCUCUUGGUUUUAUGGAAACUAUUAGAAAUGAAUCUAGAAAUUAUACAUUUUGAGUAGUAGGUAUAUGCAAUUGAAUAAUCUGCUAGAUCCCUCAUAAUUCAAGUUAUAUAGCCUUGAACUAUUGUGUAUAUAAGCAUUAUUUAAGAAUAUAAUAUUGUUUUUGAAUAAAUCUUUGAAAAUAAAAUGGAUUUUUUCUGCAUUUAUGUAUGCUGAAAUGUUGAUAAUUUCCUAUGGACUAUCAUACCUCUGAGUUUCAACUUUUAAUUUUUGGUAUUGUUAAGACUGCUGCAUGAGUUGCCUUCACCAACAGCAAGUCUCUUGUUCUAAGCUUAUCUAAUAUCAGAUGCUGCAUCUUUUCAUUGGAGCUACUAGCUGUGGAGAGGAAUGUCUGUCUCUUAAGGGUUUACAGUCAGUUUGUGCUGUCCUAACUUGAAAUGAUGAGAGAGCAUUCUCUUAAUAAAAGCACAUGUUUUUAAACUUCCAACUAGGAUAGAUGAGCUCCAGAAAUCAUACCAUGGAUUGGGAAAAUGUGACUUUCUAAUUAUCGUGAAUUAUUAAGAAAUCAAGAUUGCCGUGCCCUUAAUUCACUUCCUUGGUGUAUAGCACCGCAUUUGUUAAGUAAAA